AUGUCAGAGCCUGACACUCCGCUUCACCCACAAGCGGACGAGCAAAUUGACCUGAGUAACGUUAGAGAAUUGGGUGAUGAUGAUAUUGACGAUUUAGACCUAAAUCCUGAACUUGAAGUUUCUGAAGAUCUUGAUAGAUAUGGAGAAGAGCGAGAUGACGAGGAUGGGGAAGGUGGUUUUAAGAGAAGUUACGUGGAGGAUGAGGACGAACGAGGUAUGUAUGAUGAGAUGGACGAUUUCAGGCCCAGAAUUAAUGUUGGUUCUCCUUUCUCUUCCGCCACAGUACUGGCGAAAUCCAGACCUCCUCUAGACAAGCCGACUAAUACUCAAAGAAGGUUGUCCCUUUCUCAGCAAUCCAAAUUUAUAUCCUACUGUGACGAGAGACUGCUCGAAAUUCAACGAAAAUAUGUACAAUCGCGAGGUCUUAACACACAGAAUGGUUAUUCAGGACUAGAGCCUUUGUUGAAGGAUUUGAAGUCACUUGUCGAUUUUAUCUGGUAUUCAAUCGACGGAAUGCCUAACACGGAUUAUCUGCUAAAUAACCCUUCAACCACUGAAAGAGACCAAAUCACAAUAAAGUGUAAUUCCACGUAUUUUGGACAGAGUGCUUACCUUAUAAGAAUAGCCGAUGAUCUUCUUGACUACGUUGAUAAGUUCGAACUGAAAUCGCUGCCUGUUGAAAAGCAGAAUAGUACGUUAUCCAAACUUUUCAAGUUGCUGUUCAUACUUGAUAAGAUAUUUGCCACGCUUCUUGAAGGCGUUAUACCCGGGAACGCUAGAAUGAGCGGGACAGACGCAGUGCGAUUCACCGCCAUCGCUGAGCGCACUAGAGCCAUGAUGCCGCGAUAUCUUGAGCAACAAGAGAUCCAUGGUUAUCACUACGAGGUCAGCAAAGUUUACGAAGAAGCUUUGGAAAGUUGCGGGAACUGA